AUGGCCACCCCCGAGAGCCUCCCCUUGGCCGACGGCGAUGCCACGACGACGCACAGUUCGGAGGCCCAUGCCGACGUUGCUCGCGCCCUCUCCCUCUUGGCCGACGGCGAAACGGCUGGCAAGCUGAUCGCUGCCCAAAUCUCCCACCUUGCGGCCCCAUCUGACCCGGCUCCCAUGACGGAUUCUUCUGCCUCCGACACCAUGGCCGUCGGCCUCGCCGCCCUCGACGCCUUCCUCCAAGCCAACGUCACGGGCCCUGUCCUCCCGAGCCGAGCCAUCGCCGCUGUGGAGAAGCGCUUCGCGAGCGCUUGGACGCCUUCCUCCGAAGACGCCCAAUCUGCGCUGCAGAAGCUACGGAGAGGCUGCCUCGAGUACCUCGAGGUCGACGGCGUCGCUCCCUACGCCCACAUUCCGUACCUCGAGCUCUUCUCCCUCGCGAGACAUGUCUUCAUCCACGCUCUUGCCGCCGAAAGCCAAAAUACCUUGAAAGUAGAGUCCCCCUACGCGGGAAAGGUUGCCAAGUGCAACGUCGGGUGGAUGAGGCUGCGUCUCAACAUCUGGCAUUACAAGCUGCUCACCCAGCCCAGCCUGGGCCCGGGCUCCAACUUUGCAAAGAGCUCUCAGUGGACCGAGGUCCCUACACUGGUGGCGGAUGUUCUAGCGAGCAUGGAGAGCCUGCUCGCUCAAUUAGCCGGCGAGGUCUGGUCUGCUGCCGAAACGUGGACUCGCGAGGAAAAGGCUCAACUGCUCGUCGAAGCAGCCAACAACUACAUGCUCCUCGGCCACCACGAGAGAGCCAAGGAAACCCUCAAGGAAGCGACACAGGUGAGCGGUCUGCAGUAUGCCCUGUCGGGCGCUCUUGGGAAACGGACGAGGUUCCAAGAAAAGAGCAUCAGCCAGCUGCUCGUCCUCGCCCGCAGCCGCCGCGCCGAAGACCCUGACGCGGCAGCGGACGAAGAAUCGGACGAGGAUAAUAAACCAGAAGCACUGAAGCUCAACGACGAUACCCUGCUGGAGGACAUUCAUUUCACCAAGCACGCUGCCGACGACGACGCCUCGCCCAAGAGCCUGCCCCCUGCCUUGGCUGACCUGACGCCCGACGACCAACCGCAGCUCUCACCCCUGGAUCAGAUCAUUCUCCUGACCGAGGCGACCAUCAAGGAUGCCUUCUCUCCCGUCGAUUCCUUGACCUCGGAGGAAGUCUUGCCCUUUGCCGUUCGUGUCUUGGCCGACAAGUCAACCAACUGGCAGAUCUAUACCCAGGCCUUGCUGGUCCGCUCGAGGAUAGAGGUCCACCGAAGCCGAACGGUCGAGCGAGGCGUGCUCCAGCUGCAAGCCGUUGCCGACCAGGUCCUCACCGACACUUCGGCGGCCCCGAAGCGAACAGAAACACCGGUUCCGGAUGACACCGAUCCCUCCUCCGACCCCGCCUCCGACGUGCCAUCUGUCCAGGUCACCACCCCUGGCCAAGGCACCAUUUCCCUCGACUCGCAGACCCCUACGACUUUCCUGCCCGCCAUCAAAGCCUCCGAGUCGGCGCCCGCCCACAGCCGCCUCCGCUAUAUCCAUGCCCUCUGCACCCCCCCUCGCUGGCACCUCGAAUCGGAGCUCGCGUACGCCUGGGCUGGCAUCGGAUCCCUUGCUUCUGCGCUGGAGAUUUUCAAGCGCCUGCGUCAAUGGGCAGAGGUCGCUCUCUGCUUGGCCAGUGCUGCGGCUGUCGAGGACGAGGACGGCCGCGGGAGUGGCGGCGAGGAGAAGGGCAGGGCCAUUAUCCGAUGGCGCCUCUUCCGCAAGUCUGGCGACGAUGGCUCCGCGUCGAGUGACCCUGACGAUGAAGGGGUAGAGGAUGUGACUCUGCUCAAGGCCGGCGAUUACUCUGGCCCUGAAAGGUCGCCGCCGCCACCAAACGCCGCCCGCCUGUGGUGUAUCCUUGGCGACCUCGACGACGACCCCAGCCACUACGAGCGCGCGUGGGACAUCUCCAAGGGGCGAUACGCUCGCGCGCAGAAGUCGCUCGGAGAACAUUACCUUCAGAAAAAGGACCUGCACAAGGCGCUGGAAGCGUACAAGUUGGCCACGGCCGCCAACCGUCUGAGCCCCGACAUGUGGAGCCGACUCGGUGACAUCAGCUUGCGUUUGGGAGACUUCGAAGGCGCCGCCGAGGCCUACAGUCGUUCGAUCGGCAGUGCUUCCGACACAGCUGGCGGAGAGGAUGCCAGAACGUGGAGCAACUUGGGGAGCGCCUUGUGGAGUUUGUACCGCGAGGUCACCGCUGGGACCGAGGACGGAGCCGUCACCAACCAUGACGGUGACGAUGAAAGCGUCACGGAGGCGACCACCAAACCUUCGCGCAAACCCAGCACCCUCCUCUCACAGUCUCUGGCGGCAUAUAAGAAGGGCGCAUCGAUAGCCCACGACAACUGGCGCAUCUGGGAUAAUGUGCUCACGCUCGCAUCCCGAAUCCAACCACCUCCUAUUGCCGAAAUCGUGCUCGCGUUCAAGCACGUCAUCCGCAUUCGCAAGACCGAGGAGGCCAUCGAUGCAGAUGUCCUGGCCGCUAUGUUGCAAGACGUUGUCAUCGCAAAAGACAAGGAUGAUGGCGUCGGCAUCUAUGAACCGCCCCGGGGAUCGAUGGAGCGGCUCGUCACACGCCUCCUCGAGGAGGAGGUCGUCCCGCUCAUUACGAAGCGACCCGAGCUCUGGGCACUGGUAUCGCGCCUUCGGGCCUGGAGACGUGACUACGCUGGCGCCGUCGAAGCAUCGGAGAAGGCCUGGCGCGCCGCUGUCGGGUCCUCUGGUAGCGGUCUCUUGCCCGGCGAAUCGACCACCGGUUGCUGGACGAGCGACGAGGCUGCGUGGAAGGAGGUCGUCAAACGAACCGACGAGCUGGUCUCUGCACUCGAGAAUUGGGGUCCCGAUGUUGAGUCCCUGGGCGCUCGCUGGCGAAGCAAAGCUCGAAGCGCCGUCCGCAGCGUCAUGGGUCGUGCAAAGGAGAAUUGGGCAGAUAGCGAGGAGUGGAGGACACUCGAGUCAAUCAUGGAAGGGCUGAAAGCAGACAAGUAG